UCCUUUAUGGUCGUCAUCAUUCUUGCGGCGAUAGAGGAGUCAUGCCUGCCAGAGUGGGCGCUCGAUAGCUCGGCGGUCGAUUGGCCGGGCUUCAGGCCGCCUCGGAGCCGGUGGACACUGGGAGCGCUCCCCACUCGGAGCGCCCCGGCCCCGCCUGCGCGCCCCUCCCUCCCACUGCCUGGCAGCCUCCGCCUGUAGGGAGCCCCGGCGUCGCCUUGCAGCGCUGCGGAGCCGGGAACUGGAUGCGGCUGGGACUGGCGCUGCGCCGUGAGGGACCUUCGCGGGCCAGAGCUCCGGAAUCCCGUGCGCGAGGGCGGCUCCCCGCGCGAGGGGGCGGUGUUCGGGCUGCCUGUCCCUGGGGGCGACCACGCUUGGGGCCCGCACAGAAUCUUGACUGAAGUUUAAUGAGAAGAAACGUGGCCAGUGAGGAGAAAUUUACUGCAAGGAAUGGAACUAGCUCAUAAUUUAUUGCUGAAUGAAGAAGCAUACAAACAAUUAGGUGAAGUUCAGAAAGCAGAGUUUAUUUUUGAUUGGUUGAGAUACUUGGAAAAGCUAUUACUAACAACCAACAGGAGUGAUGUAAGGGAGAAACAGAAGAUUCUUGUUGAACAGCUUCUGUCAUUGUUGAACUGCUCCCCAGGGCCUCCAACCCGAAAACUCCUUGCUAAGAAUUUAGGCAUUCUUUACAGUAUUGGUGACACAUUUUCUGUUUAUGAGACAAUCGAUAAAUGCAAUGAUCUUAUUCGUAGCAAAGAUGAUUCUCCAAGUUAUCUUCCCACUAAGCUUGCUGCUGUGGUAUGUUUGGGUUCCUUAUACAAGAAGUUGGGUAGAAUACUUGGUAACACCUUUACUGAUACAGUGGGGAACAUCCUUAAAGCUAUGAAGAGUGCAGAGUCUCAAGGUCGUUAUGAGAUUAUGCUGAGUCUACAGAAUAUAUUGCAUGGAGUGGGACCUGCUGCUGCACCUUGCCACAGGGAUGUUUAUAAAGCUGCUAGAUCCUGCUUAACAGAUAGAUCCAUGGCUGUUCGUUGUGCCGCUGCAAAGUGUCUCCUUGAACUUCAGAAUGAAGCCAUCUUUAUGUGGAGUACAGACCUGGACAGUGUGGCCACACUAUGUUUUAAGUCCUUUGAGGGCUCUAAUUAUGAUGUGCGGAUUUCAGUUUCAAAGCUCUUAGGCAUAAUAUUGGCUAAAGCUCUAAUGUCUAAACAUCCAGGAGCAGCAGCCUCACGUCAAUGUAUUCGCAGAGUAUCUUUGGAGGAAAUUCUGGAAUUACUAGGAACAGGGUUUCUACGUGGGAGUUCAGGAUUUCUUCGAGCCAGUGGAGAUAUACUCAAAGGAACCAGUUCAGUCAGUAGGGAUGUUCGAGUUGGAGUUACUCAGGCUUAUGUGGUAUUUGUUUCAACACUAGGAGGAGCAUGGCUUGAGAAGAAUUUUGCUGCCUUUCUUUCUCAUAUCCUGAGUCUUAUGUCACAAUCACAUCCUAAAACCACCCAAACUCAGAUAGAUGCUGUUUGUGGUCGACGAUGUGUCUCAUUUAUCCUUCGGGCUAUUAUUGGAGGCCUUCUUGGAGAAAAAGCUCAGAUUGCUGCUGCAAAGGAUAUUUGCCAAACUAUCUGGAAAUUAAAGAAAGUUGUGGAUGUUGCCAUAGGUGAUAGCAAUUUGGAAACCCGGGCUGCCUCUGCAGAUGUAGCAGCCAGCCAGCACAUGCUGGUGUGUGCUUUACAAGAACUUGGAAAUCUCAUACACAGUCUUGGCACCACAGCUGCACCAUUACUACAGGAUACAAGUGCAGGUGCUCUUGACAGUGUCAUGUCCGUUAUUCUUCAUCCUAACAUUUCUGUUCGUCUAGCAGCAGCCUGGUGUUUACGUUGCAUUGCAAUAGCCUUGCCUUCAUACCUAACACUUCUCUUGGACCGUUGCCUUGAACGACUUAUUGUACAUAAAUCUUCACCAGAAGCCGUGAGUGGCUUUAGUUUUGCUGUGGCAGCUUUGUUGGGAGCUGUAAAGCACUGUCCUUUAGGAAUUCCUCAUGGAAAGGGCAAGAUUAUUAUGACUUUAGCAGAGGAUUUGUUGUGUUCUGCUGCUCAAAACAGUCAUCUUUCUGUUCAACGCACACAAGCUGGAUGGUUGUUGAUUGCUGCUCUGAUGACAUUAGGUCCUGCAGUUGUCAGCCACCACCUUUCUCGAGUUUUGCUGUUGUGGAGGUGUGUCUUUCCAGUGUCUCCUAAAGAUUUAGAAACUGAAAAAAGUCGAGGAGAUUCAUUCACAUGGCAAGUAACCUUGGAAGGAAGAGCUGGUGCACUUUGUGCUAUCAAGAGCUUUGUUUCCCACUGUAGUGAUCUCCUCACUGAGGAAGUCAUUCAGCGUCUUCUUCCGCCACUUCCUUGUGCUGUAGAAUUACUAACUCAACUUUCUUCAAUACUAAAAGCAUACGGAAACCCGUUGAAAAUGCCAUCAGUAGUUUAUAGACAAAGGCUUUAUGAACUGUUGAUUUUAUUGCCUCCUGAAACUUAUGAAGGAAACCUUUGUGCUAUCCUAAGAGAACUGGCUGCUGACAUAACUGCUCCUGACAUACAGGUGGCAGCAUCCUCAUUUUUACUUCCAUCCCUUUGUCAUCAGGAUGACCUUAUGCUAUUAAGUCCUUUACUACAGGAGACUGACCAUAGAUUUAUUGAAGAGCAGCUCCUGCUUGGCAAUGGUAUUGCUUGUGGAAGUCUUGAGUAUGACCCUUACUCUGUUUAUGAGCAGAAUAUAGAGGGAGACUCAGUGCCUAAGCCCUUACCUCCAACACUAUCACUUAUUGGCUCUGCAGUCAAGCUUUUUGGAAUUGCAUGUGCUCAUGUGGGAGAAGCUCAAAGGUUUCCUGUUUUGGAACAGCUUUUGCAAAGUAUAAAGCACACAAAAGGAGCUCGUCAGCAAGUAGUUCAGUUACAUGUUGUUUCUUCAGUGUCAAGUUUCUUGAAGUAUGUGGCUGGCUCCAAGGGAAAUCUUGGUCCAGAAGAAGUGAGAAGACCUGUCCUAACAUUAGUGAUGGGAGCCCUAGAAAGUUCCAAUCCCCUCUUAAGAUGUGCAGCUGCAGAGGCUUGGGCUAGAUUAGCCCAAGUGGUUGAUGAUGGAGCUUUUACUGCUGCUUUAGCUCAAGUUAGCUUUGACAAACUGAAAUCAGCAAGGGAUGUGGUUACCAGAACAGGACACUCAUUGGCUUUGGGAUCCCUACAUAGGUAUUUAAGAGGAAUAAUGUCUUCUCAACAUUUGAAUUCUUGUGUUGGAAUUCUUUAUACUUUGUCUCAGGAUAGCACUUCUCCUGAUGUGCAGACCUGGGCAUUGCAUUCUCUGUCAUUGGUAAUUGAUUCUGCUGGCCCACUCUAUUAUAUGCACGUGGAACAUACCCUUUCUCUUAUAAUAAUGCUAUUGUUAAAUGUGCCUCCUACUCAUGGUGAAGUUCACCAAAGUCUUGGUCGAUGUUUGAAUGUCCUUAUUACUACCUUGGGUCCAGAAUUACAAGGUAACAGUACUUCAGUUUCUACCUUAAGGAUUUCUUGUCUGUUGGGUUGUGCAGUGAUGCAAGAUAACCCAGAUUGCCUUGUUCAAGCUCAAGCCAUCUCUUGCCUUCAACAACUUCAUAUGUUUGCUCCGAGACAUGUCAACUUGUCUGGUCUGGUUGGCUGUCUCUGCGAGAUCUUGUUGGAUAAUUCUGUGUUGGUAAAUCUGUUUAGUCCAUAUUUGUUACUAAGAAGAGCAGUACUAGCUUGUUUACGUCAGCUUGUCCAGAGAGAAGCAGCUGAAGUUUCAGAACAUGCUGUUAAACUUGCUAAAGAUAGCAGAGAAGAGUUGGCUUUAGAUGCUAAUCUCAGAGAAAUGGGCCUUGAAGGGGCACUGUUGAUAUUACUUGACAAAGAGACAGAUCAGAGAUUAUGCCAUGAUAUCAAAGAAACUUUAAACCAUAUGCUCACAUCUAUGGCAGUGGAUAAACUCUCCUUUUGGUUGAAGCUUUGUAAAGAUGUACUUGCUACAUCCACUGAUUUUGCUGCUGUAACUUGCGUGGAUACAGUGCAAGAAGAAGAAGGAGAAAAAGGGGAUGAUGCCUCAGUUCUGACCACCGGAAAUAAUGAUAGAUUCCAUCCAUUUACCAAUCCUCGAUGGGCUACUAGAGUCUUUGCCGCUGAAUGUGUCUGUAGGAUAAUUAACCAGUGUGAAAAUACCAAUAGUGCACAUUUUGAUAUUGUUUUAGCACAAGAAAUGAAAAAGAAGGAUUCAAGAAAUGACUUUUUAGUGCUACAUCUUGCCGACUUAAUUCGCAUGGCUUUUAUGGCUGCCACAGAUCACAGUGACCAGCUCCGUCUUUCUGGCCUUGAAACACUUUUGGUUGUUAUUAAGCGAUUUGCAACUAUCCCAGAACCAGAGUUUCCAGGUCAUUUAAUUCUGGAACAGUAUCAAGCCAAUGUAGGAGCAGCACUUAGACCAGCCUUCACUUCAGAGACACCUCCUGAUGUCACUGCCAAAGCAUGUCAGGUUUGCAGCGCUUGGAUAGCAAGUGGAGUUGUAAGUGACCUUAAUGAUCUCCGAAGAGUUCAUCAGUUGCUUGUUUCAUCAUUAACAAAAAUACAGGUUGGAAAAGAAACUCUAAGUCACUUAUAUAAUGAAAGUGCUUCUACCAUGGAGAUCUUAGCUGUUCUAAAAGCCUGGGCAGAGGUCUACAUAAUUGCUAUAGAAAGACAUAAAUGCUACAAACAGCCAUUGAAGACUGCCUAUUCAGAAGACAGUGUCAGAAAUGAGUCUGAUUCGUCAGAUGGACUGCUUGAUUUAGUCAGCACAGACUUGGGCACACUGAGUAGGUUCUGGCUUGCUGCACUUCAGGAUUUUGCUCUCUUAACUUUGCCUCCAGAAUUUGCCUCCCAGCUCCCACUCGAAGGUGGUGCUUUUUAUACAGCAGAAACUAGUGAAAAUGCAAAAAUGCAUUAUUAUAAUUCCUGGGCACUUAUCCUCCAUGCCACAGCAUUAUGGCUUACAAGCACAGGCUUUGUCGUCACUGAUCCAGAUGAGGGAGCAUCUAAUCUUUCAAGGCCUGUAACACCAACUUCCAUGUGUCAAGGUUCAUCAUCUGGAACUACGGUAAAGUCACCUGAGGAUGUCUACACUGAUAGGUUCCAUCUUAUUUUAGGAAUCAGUGUGGAAUUUCUAUGUUCCUUACGCUCAGAUGCAACCAUGGAAAGCAUUACUGCUUGUUUACAUGCAUUACAGGCACUUUUAGAUGUUCCUUGGCCCAGAUCCAAAAUUGGCAGUGAUCAGGACUUGGGUAUUGAAUUAUUGAAUGUAUUACAUCGAGUUAUUUUGACCAGAGAAUCACCUUCCAUUCAAUUGGCUUCACUUGAAGUAGUAAAGCAGAUUAUCUGUGCAGCUCAAGAGCAUGUGAAGGAGAAAAGACGAAGUGCAGAAGUUGAUGAUGGAGCUGCUGAAAAAGAAACCCUACCAGAGUUUGGAGAAGGAAAGGACACAGGAGGGCUUGUGCCUGGGAAAUCUUUGGUCUUUGCGACACUGGAGUUGUGUGUAUGCAUUCUGGUCAGACAGCUUCCAGAACUGAAUCCUAAACUGACAGGUAGCCCAGAAAUGAAAGCUACAAAACCACAGAUGCUGUCAGAAGAUGGAAGUAGAUUGGUUUCAAGUGCAUUAGUUAUCCUCUCUGAACUCCCUGCAGUGUGCUCUCCUGAAGGAAGCAUCUCAGUUCUCCCAACUAUAUUGUACCUCACAAUUGGUGUCCUCAGAGAAACCGCUGUGAGGUUACCUGGGGGCCAGUUAUCUUCAACAGUUGGAGCUUCUCUACAGGCUCUGAAGGGAAUAUUAUCUUCUCCCAUGGCCCGAGCAGAAAAGAGUCAUAGUGCUUGGACUGACCUACUCCGUAGUGCUUUAGCAACCAUUCUUAACUGUUGGGAUCCAGAUGAAACUCACCAGGACCUUGAUGAAAUUAGUCUACUUACUGCCAUCACAGUCUUUAUUUUGUCUACCAGUCCAGAAGUAACCACUAUCUCAAGCCUUCAGAAUUGCUGUAUUGAGAAAUUUAAGGUUGCUCUUACAAUAAAAGAUCCUAUGGUACAAAUCAAGACCUAUCAGCUCCUGCUUUCCAUUUUUCAGUAUCCGAAUCCAGCCAUUUCCUACCCAUACAUAUACUCUUUAGUACCCUCUAUUGUGGAAAAACUACAGGAAAUAGACAAGAGAACACCAGAAGAUACUACAGAGCUUCAGAUCUUUCAAGAAGGCAUAAAGAUCUUGGAAGCACUAGUAACUGUUGUGGAAGAGCAGUAUUGCGCUCAGCUGGUGGCCAUUCUUUUGACUAUCCUCAUUUCCUUUCUUUUGGAGGAGAAUGCUCUGGGAUCAGCAACUUCAGUAAAGAGAAACUUACAUGAAUUUGCUUUGCAGCAUCUUAUGCAGAUUGGGCCUCAGUACUCAUCAGUUUUUAAAAGUGUGAUGGCUUCUUCUCCAGCCCUGAAAAUACGUCUUGAGGCUGCUAUAAAGGGCAGUCAAGAAAGUGUCCGAGUAAAGAUGCCAUCAUCUAAGCAUACUAAGAACCCUGGAAGUAAUUCAACCAUCCAAUUAAAGACAAACUUCUUCUGAUUUUUUAUUUUUAUAGUAACCACCUUAAUGAGUUGUUCCUUCUUUUUGGGACAAAAGUAACAUUAUAGACACAAGUGCACUUGGAGGUUUGAUUUAUUGAUAUCUACAGCUGUUAAUGUCAAAGUAAGACCAGGCUUAACAUUGUGGGGAGGGGGAUUCAAGUUAGUAAAGUCACAGAGAUCUGUCAGAAUUCUAGCCAGCAAUUUCGAGUGCUAACGAACUGAACAUACCAAAAAUGCCACUGCUCUAAAAAUGAAAAUAAUUUCUAGUCCAAACACAAUUCUUACUUUUUCAUUUAUGGUAUUCUUAAUUUAAUGACAGGUGUAGAUUUCACUGUAGUUUAAAUCACCUGCAUUUAUCCCAGUUGUAUCCAAAUUGCUAAUUUAAAAUUCUGCCUUAUUCAUUAACUUCUUUAAACAUGUUUAAAUUUCUCAAAGAGCAUAAGUGAUUGGUGAAAAACUAGGGUGCCUGGUUUAGGAUUAUCCACUAUAUAAUAAUACAAAUCAAUUACAGUCCUACAGUGUGGCUUAAGAUUUGGUAGCUAUAAAUGCAAAUUUUGAUCAUCUUUUAGUUUUUUUUGCACUGGGUUCAGAAAAUUGAAGUUUACACUAUAUAUAUAUGAUAUAUAUAUAUAUACACAUAUACAUCAUAUAUAUGUAUAAAAUAAAGUAUCUCCAUUUCAACCUUUCAAAUGGAUUUUCUGUUACCUUUGUUCCUAACAAAUCUGUUUCCAUUUAUGGCAAAUGUUCAUACUGAAUUUAAUAUGGACUCAUAUAUAUCAACUAUGGCUUUAUAUAAAUGUCAAGUUUAGUACAAAUUUAAUUCAUCAAUAAAUAUGUUUUUUAGCUUGAAACAUAUUUUAAUAUAGAAAAAUCUGAUGUAAAAUCAUAUUGUUGAAAAAUAUUUUUACCUAUUGGUCAUUGACUUAUACUUAGUGAUAUACUCUGAACCAAACACUAUGACAAAACAAAGCAUGUUCCUAUUAAAAAUUAAAACCAGUGAUGCAAAGUGCAAGACUAGCUAAAGGAUCCCGGUUCGAGCCCCUGGCUCCCCACCUGCAGGGGAGUCCCUUUACAGGCUGUAAAGCAGGUCUGCAGGUGUCUGUUUUUUCCUUCCUCUCUCCAUUUCUCUCUGUCCUAUCCAACAACAACGACAUCAAUAAUAACUACAACAAUAAAACAAUAAGGGCAACAAAAGGGAAUAAAUAAUAGAAAUAAAUAUAAAAAAAUAAUAAAACCAAAGUGAUAGGGUCAUAUUCAGAACUGAGAAAACACUUUGAAUCAAGUAAAAGCAAUGUGUUCUACUCUAUUUUAUUAUGUUUGUAUAUAGAUAAAUACUCUUGUAAAUUAUUGAAAAAUGAAAACAUUUGAAAAAUUCUAACACUAAGAUCAAUUUUUCUAAUUUACAUAAAUAAAGCUAAUUUUCUUAA